UGUUUUUUCUUUUUUAAAUAAUUAUUUUUACAUUUUAAUUCUGUAUUUAUUGACGGACUGUCGUUUUGAUUUUGGUAACGGACCAAUCAAAAAAAUUUCACUUUGAAUUUUUACAAUUGGGGUGAAUUUUAGGGUUCUAACAUGUCUGUGAUUCGAGGUUGGUUUGAGUUGUGAUGUGAAAGAUUCAAGCUUUGGAGAUUCAACUUUUUGGAAAUUUUGGAGAUUCAAGUUGUGAUGUUUAAAUUUUGGAAAGUUCGUCUGAAAAUUCAACUUUUCUUUCAAUCUUUUUAGGUUGGUUUGAGUUGUGAUGUGAAAGAUUCAAGCUUUGGAGAUUAAAUUCAAGUUACAAUGUUGGGAUUACUAGUUUGAAUUUGAAUUACGGGACUUUGGUUUGGAUUCUGGUUUUUUGUAGAAGAAAGGUUGAUAAUUUAGCGUAAUUUGAUUAGAAGAAGAUGAAGCGGAAGCGGGGGCACAAGAAAGGGAAGUCGAAAAAGAGCUCUGUUGUGGCUGUGAGUGCCAAAGAAGCAGUAGUUUCAAGUGUGGAUGUUGUCAAUGUGGAAAAUGAGUCCGCUUUGGAUGAGUUUGAUGAUAAUCUUCCCAGCACUAGUAAAUACGACUCUGGAAUGGAGAUCGAUACACCAUCUUCAACUGGGACUGAUCAGCUUAACAACCUUGCUAGUGUGAAUCCUGACGGAUCUAUAGGUGGGAAAGGGGUUGAGAUUGAGAAGCCGCUUGGGCGUGUUAAGGUGAAGCUUAGAACGCCAAAAAUAAUGGAAUCCCAACUCACUUCUUCUGAUGCUCCAACGCAGAGUGACACUGACAAGAGCAGUCAGCAAAUGGGGUUGGAAAGACAAGCUGUGGUUGCUGAGAAAAUGGAAGAUAGUGCCAAUUCUUUGCCUGAGGCUACAUUAAGUGCACCUGGGAAUUCGUCCAAGAAAGCUGGGAGUAUAAAGAUUAAGUCUUCGAAGUCCCUUGGACCAAGUAUUAAACAGACUAAUGAUGAUGUUCCAACAAUAAGAGACGAGAGUCCGCACCCAAAGGAACUGAAGACCCCUGUUCGAGAUCAUAGAUAUGAUAAGGAAGAAUUAGAAACUUGCCUUGUGGUGAUUAAGAAGGUAAUGAAAAUGGAUGCUGCUGAACCGUUCAAUUCCCCUGUUAAUCCAGUUGCUCUUGGAAUUCCUGAUUAUUUUGAUGUGAUAGACACACCUAUGGAUUUUGGAACGAUAUGUAGCAAUCUUGAAAGUGGUGUUAAGUAUUCUAAUUCUGUGGAUGUAUUCAAAGAUGUACAGUUUAUUUGGGACAACUGUUACAAGUAUAACAAUAAGGGUGACUACAUUUUGGAACUUCUAAAACGGGUGAAGAAGAAUUUUACGAAGUAUUGGACGGCAGCUGGAUUGUAUAGCGGACAACCAAGAGGGGCUGAUGAUGGUGAUGGCAGUCAAGAGAAGGCUGCACUAUCCAGUCAGGGUAAAUUACAUGCAAAAGGUGGUCAAUCGAAAAAAUCACGGAAGGGCGGAAGGCGCCAUAAAGCCGAUUGUUUAUGUGCUAUAUGUGUUCUAAAGCGUCGUAGAAGGGAGCGUGAGGAGAAUGAUCGAAUUGCAAAAGGCCAGAUUGGAGCCAGUGAUAAUAAUCUUUCUCAAGAGUUGAAGCACGAGGAAUCUUCACCAGCAGAAAGCCCUUCAGGUGAAAAUUCAUCGUCAGAUAUGGAUGAAUCUUCUGCAGAUCCAAAUGCAGAUCCAAAUGCAACUGCUGAAGGUGAAGAAAGAAAAGAAGGGAAAAUAGAGGAAUCUAACCAGCACUCGCACCCUUCGACUGAGAAGGAAGAAGAUGAAGAGGAGGAAGAUGAGGACGAGGAGGGGGAUGAUGAUGAUGAUGGAGAGAAUGGCGUGGAGAUGACAAAUGAAGAUAAUGUUGAAACACCAGAGCAGUUUGACAAAUUAAGCGAGGAUGGCGAUAAACGAUCUCAACAAGCACUAGGAGAGGAGUCAGGUGACAGAAUUCAAUCUGAUACUCAAAAAGGAGACACAACAAUGCAUCACAAGGAAAGAACUACAGAUGUUCAACGGCAGAAGCAUAAGGGAACCGAAGAAUCCCAUAAAAAAAUCAAAGCUAACCAGAUUAAGCUUUUGGAAAAUCCCAUGCUUUUGGAUUUAUGUGGUGUCCUAUUCCCUGAUAAUCCCAAGUCCAUCUGGAGAGGACCUCAUUCUUUAGUUCACUGUCAGAGUACUUCUCGUAAAAGCUCUAUUCAUGCAGCUAUUGAUUCACUCAUGAAGUCAGUCAACCAGUAAAAGGGUUUAGAGAUUACUCUUGGCAACAUUUCUCAUGAAGCUGUGGGGCAAUCUGGCUAAAACAUUAGCUAUAUUUCUUUGGAAAAGAUGAUACUUUGACAAUGAGAUUAGGGUUGUUUUUCAUUUGUGUAAUCUAGGUCAGUAGGUUUCAUGUUUUGGUCCAAGUUCACCUAGUCACUCCCAAAUUGGACUGAUUAAUACAUAAAUGUAAGAAUAGGAUGGCAUCUUUUAAGAUCUUUUUGACUUUUAGUUGGGGUAAGAUUUUUCAAGAAAUAUUCUUGUGUAACCUAUGAUAAGAAUUAAUAAUAUCUGUUAGCAUUUAUGUACAAA